AUGUUAAAUUCUGGGUGUCAGCUGAUUGCGAUAUUUAAUGAGGAUAUGAAUGCCACAAGAAAGAUAAUGUCUGUUAUUUUAAAAAAAGGAGGUCUAAAAAAGAUAGCUUUUAAACGAUUGUCACCUUUGUAUGGCUGCAUGGGAUAUGCAGCAACAAACACACUGUUCGAAAGUGUUGGUCAAGGAUUUGAUAACACAUUAAAAGUAUGGAAAAAGCAAGUUGAAGAAAAUGUUAAGCAGGAAAACCAUUUACUACACUGUCUUGAGAAUGCAAGUGAAUCUGAAGCUGAUAAGCUAUCAAAAGAAUUGGAGAAUCACAGGAAGACAAUGCACCCUGGUUAUUCCUUUACAGGGGACAAUGUUGAUAUGCGAAUCUUACCAUGCCAGAUGACUCUGAACAACAAGAACAAGGAUUACCACAUGUACCAGCUGCUUGCUUUUAAGAAUCGGAUUUCAUCAAAUGACUUUUCAAACAAGCAAUAUUCCAAUGAUUUAAAAAGUUUACCUCUUUCAAUUUUCCUUCCAAGUGCUAAAGAGCAAUCUACUUUAGUUGAUGAAUUGGUUGUUCUGAUUGGUCAUAUAUGGAGUCAGUAUAUCCCUUCACUUGAGUGGUUUCAAGAGUAUCUUCCACCAGUGAUUGUUCAUGCACAGAUGGAUAACACCAAAAAGAAAACAGAAAAGGUAUUUACAGCAUAUAUAUACUGAUAUUUCACUGGCAUAGGAAGAUAUUUUAAGUUGGGGGUGAAUUUUGUGGAGUGCUCCGGUAAAGCUUGGAGGGUCUGGGAGGUGGCUUGAUAUAAUGCAAUUUCACACAUUUUCUGUUACCAUUGAAUUGAACAACAAAAAUAUUGGAAAAAUAUACAUUUAAAGAUAGGAGGGGGGGCUUGAGCAUGCUAUAUGAAUAGCCAUCACAUGAAGUGUCGAAUCACAGUAACUGAACUCAAGAAUACACCCGUCCGGAAAGUAUUCAGCCUUGGCUAUUAGAGCCUCAUUUUCAUGUUUAGAGCUCUUUGUCUUGUUACAGCUGACUACACAUUUACGGACAUAGAAAAUCUUUAUAUAAAUAGGUGGCCAAUAAAGGCUGGUAAGGGAGGGUAUAUGAUGCAUGUAUUUUAUCUAGAUUAGAGCGCUAGUCAUGAAAGUUAACUAUUGAGGCUACUAAAAAGAGUUUUAAUGUUUAUAGUGGCUGCACAAAUGGCAUAAUCACCGUGAAGGGCAUAUAUGGCAGGCCACAUUGAUUGGGAUGUGAUUUUCCUGGGAGGGAGAAUCACAUCUCCAUUACCAUCAUGCAAAGUUCCAUUAAUGAUUUAAUUAGUAUUGAAACCUUAAGCCAGUGCAUUAUUUGCUACUGCUAUCCCUGGGAAUAUUUAAUAACUUAUUAAUUUUGAACCGUGCUACAAUUGAUCAUUCUUCCAAUGUAAUUAUAUAGGUUCAUCUUGGUGCCCUCAGAAAAAAUGAGCAAUAUGAAGAUGAUAUGUUGGACAUUCUCUAG